AUGACGGAAACCAACGUUAUAAGAGACAUUAGAGAAGUGCAUCGCGACGAGGAAAACAGUCUCAUAUUUGAAAAGAACGUUUCAAUCCCAUUAAAGAAUUCGGAUUUACCAGUCCGCUGCAACGUUUAUCGACCUCUGAGCACCAAAGGUGGUGAGAAGUCCCCGGUGCUAGUUACAUACGGGCCGUAUGGAAAGGACAUCCCGUACGCAACCUUUUUCAAAGACUCGUUCAAUGAAGUGAAUCCUGAGCACAGGAGUAAGUACAGUGCAUGGGAGACUCCGGAUCCCGUUUACUGGACUGCGAGAGGUUAUGUUGUUGUGCGUGUGGACGAGCGAGGCCUUGGGCAGAGUCCGGGCAUGCUGGAUACGAUGAGCCGGGGAACAAGUGAUUGUUUUUUUGAUGUGGUGGAGUGGGCUGCGGUACAGGACUGGAGUACUGGGAAGGUGGGCUUGUUGGGAAUUAGCUAUUAUGCUGGUAGUCAAUGGAGGGUUGCUGCGCGGAGACCGAAAGGCCUGGCCGCGAUUAUACCUUGGGAAGGAAUGUCCGAUUACUAUCGCGAUCGCUGUCGACAUGGGGGAAUACUCUCUAACAAAUUCAUCAGCUUCUGGUGGAACCGUCAAGUGCUCGUCAACCAAUAUGGCAAGCCUGGGCGUUCAGAACUCAUAUUCCCUCCAGAUGGCCCUGGUGCGCGGGGCCAGGAAAAUACUAUCGAGGGUGAUUUAUCUGAGGAUGUGGUCAAAAAGAGCCGCAGGGACCAGACUGUGGACAACGAAGCAAAUAAGUUCAGAGAUGACGACUACUAUGCCAGCAAGGAGUUCAAUUUGGAGGAUAUUGAGGUUCCACUGUUAUCUGUGGCUAACUGGGGGGGUAUCCUUUUGCAUUUGAGAGGAAAUGUUGAAGGGUACACGUGGGCGGGCUCGAAAUUCAAAUAUUUGCGUUUUAUUACUGGUCGACAUGAUCUUCCCUUCUACUACCGUAACGAAGUCGAGAUCCAAAAGUCUUUUCUCGACGCUUUUCUGAAAGGCCAAGAUACCUAUGGUUGGUCAACGCCAGGCAAAGUCCCACCCGUAACCAUAACCCUCCGUAAGGGAAACGUGGGCUUCAAUGAUGCUGUAGCCGAAUCCGCCUACACAAAACGCACCGAAACCGCCUGGCCACUUCCUCGCACCCAAUACACGAAAUAUUUCUUCACGUCCGAAAAGAGACUUGUGGCCACUGCCCAGGAAGAUAUAAAGGAAGAGAAGCUGACUUUUGAUGCUCUGGGAUCCAUUGAUAAUUUCCAAGGUGUGAAAUUUGUUGGUGAACCCUUUGAGAGUGAGACCGAAAUAACUGGCCAUGUUACGGCGCAUUUAAAUGUCAGCAUGUCACUUGAUAGCAGUGAAGAUGUGGGAUUAGGGAAGGAUAUUGAUCUCUUCCUCACGCUUCGCCAUAUUGAUACUACUGGCAAAGAGGUGCUGUAUACUGGCACAGCAGGCGACGGCGUUCCAUUAACCAAAGGCUGGUUACGGUGCUCGAUGAGGAAAGUUCACAAAGACCACCCAAGACAUAGAAGUUACCUGCCGCAUCGGGAGUAUCUAUCUACGGAUGUGGAACAAUUGAAAGCUGGGGAGGUGUACGAGGUGGAUGUUGAGCUCUGGCCAACGAAUGUUGUAGUUGAGAAGGGUGGAAAGAUUGUGCUCGAGGUGGCAAGCGGGGACACGCAGGGGUGUGGCGUGUUUCAGCAUGUCAGCGAGUUGGAUAGGCCGAGAGGGAAGUUUGCUGGACGCAAUCAUGUGCAUUUUGGGAGGGGAAUGGAGAAUUAUGUUACCCUUCCCAUUAUACCUACUGAAUGA